AUGGCAAGCAAUCACAAGCCACCUACAGCUCGUCCUGCUUCAAGAGGAGGAGUUGGGCUCACAGCCAGGCCUUCUUCAUCCUUGUUACGGACUCCAUCAGCAGCCAGAAUGGGAACAGGGAUGCCCCCUGGUACAUCAAGGCCUGGUACUCGUGGUGGUCUCCUAGGUACUGGAGGGGUGUUGUCAUCUCAAAUUAAAGUCGCAGACCGUCCAGUGACACAACAAGGGUUAAGUGGAAUGAAAACUGGAGUGAAAGGUCCGCAGAGACAGAUUAUGGAUAAAUCCUAUUAUCUUGGACUACUUAGAAGCAAAAUAAGUGAACUCACAACAGAAAUAAAUAAGCUUCAGAAAGAAAUAGAAAUGUAUAACCAGGAGAAUUCUGUCUAUCUGUCAUAUGAAAAGAGGGCAGAGACUUUAGCUGGGGAAAUCAAAGAAUUUCAAGGUCAACUAGCGGACUACAAUAUGUUAGUGGAUAAACUUAACACCAAUACAGAUAUGGAAGAAGUGAUGAGCGAUUAUAAUAUGCUAAAAACUCAAAAUGACCGGGAAGCUCAGAGUAUUGAUAUAAUUUUUACAGAGAGACAAGCCAAAGAAAAGUUAAUUCAAGCAGUGGAAGAAGAUAUUGAGCAUGAAAAACAAGUAGCUGAUGACAUAAUAAAAAAUAUGUCUCAGGAAAAUCAAGCUAAAUACAUGGAGAUGAAGGCUACAAAUGAAAAACUGUUGCAGGAAUUAGAUGCUCAACAGCAGGAGUUGGAUGGACUAAAUAUAAAGGAAGACACUCUAGGAGCUGAAAUAGCACAUUCCCAGGUAAAACAAGAGGCAGUGCAGCUGUAUGAAAAACUUCAUGGGCUCGAGGAACAUCGGGAUCAAAUGAUUGCUGAGGACAAGAGUAUGGGAUCUCCACAGGAAGAAAGAGAGCGAUUACUGAAACAGGUUAAAGAAGAUAACCAGGAAAUAGCAAGUAUGGAAAGACAGCUGACAGAAAUAAAAGAAAAAAUCAACCAUUUUAAUGAUGUCAUUCGACGACUUGAUAUGGAUCUGGAGGAGCAUCAAGAAGGGGAGAAAAAUCUGAAAUACAAGGAGCUGAAGAAGAGAGAGGAAAGCAUGGACAACUUUCUUGAGACUUUUGAAGAGAUGAAGACCCAGGAACUGGAACGGAAGGCACAGAUAGAGGCCAACAUUGUUGCACUGUUAGAGCACUCAAGUAGGAAUGUCAAUCGUAUGAAACAAAUCUCCUCUGUUACCAAUCAAGAGCUGAAGAUCAUGCAGGAAGACCUCACUUUCAAAUCAAAUGAAAUGCAAAAAUCACAGAGCACCGCUAAAAAUUUGAGUACAGAUAGUCAAAGACUGCGAAUGGACCUGCAGAAAAUGGAAUUGUUGGAGGGUAAGAUGGUCGAUGAACAGGCUUCUCUCAAAGAAAAAAUUGAACAGAUGACAAAGGACUUGAAGAUGUACAAUAAUUUGCCAGCUCUGAAAGCAUCAGGAGAAGAGAAGAAAAAGAAACUCCAUGAGGAGAAAGAAAGGUUGAUAAAACGUAGAGAUGCCUUCAAGAAAAUAAUGGAACAACUGAACGCAGAGUAUGAAACACUAAAGACACAACUUGAGGAAAAUGAGACACAUUCCCAGCUUACAAAUUUGGAAAGGAAGUGGCAGCACCACGAGCAAAAUAACUUUGUGAUGAAAGAAUUCAUAGCAACAAAAAGUCAGGAGAGUGACUACCAGCCAGUAAUGAAGAAUGUGAGUAAGCAGAUUGCAGAGUAUAACAAAACUCUCAUAGAGGCUUUACAGAACACCAGGAACUGA